AAAAUUUGUACAUUUAUUUCUUGAUUAUUUUUUUUAGCAACGUGAUACUAAGGAUCUUAAUUUACGAUAAUGGAAUAGAUUUAUCUAUUGGAGAGGAGGAUAAUACAAUCAGGAAUAUUAUGUCUGAGACUCAAACAACAAUUGUUGUAUUUAGCAAUGUCGACAUAACAGUUGACAACAUCAACUACAACAUUAUAUAUACAGUUGAAGGCUUGAUUGAAAAUGUAUCUAAAGCAGAGUCUCAAAUUAAUGCAAUGCUUAGACAAAGUUUUGAACAAAUUCUACGGCCCAUAGCAGGUCGUCAAAUAAAUAUUGAACCUGUCACAGAAACGAGAAAUUUUUGUGAAAUGGGACUCCCACAUUUUCCUUAUAUUGAUGCUAAUGCCACUCCUGUUAUUAGAAACAGACAAACAGGUUCCAUGUUAAGUAUACUUGUGCCCAGUGAUAUAGUUGGUGUAAUUAUUGGUCGAGGUGGUUCUACAAUUCAGGGAAUUAUGGAACAGACAAGUGCUAGGAUCAAUGUUAAUAAAAACGACAUCACUGGAUACUCGGAAAAAGCUAUUACAAUCUUUGGUACUCCAGAAAAUUGCACUAAUGCAUGUCGAAAGAUUUUGGAAGUCUUGCUACAAAAAGCAAGUGACACUAGUCAAAGCAACGUGAUACUAAGUAUAUUAAUUCCUGAUAAUCUAAUAGGUUUAAUAAUUGGAGAGGAGGGAAAUGCAAUCAGGAAUAUUGUGUCUGAGACUGACACAAAAAUUAAUGUACUCGGAAUUAUUGACAUUACAAUUGACAACAUUAACUACAAAAGAGUAUGUAAAGUUGAGGGCUUAAUUGAAAAUGUAUCUAAAGCAGAGUCUCAAAUUAGUGUAAAGCUCAGACAAAGUUUUGAAAAAUAUUUACAUCAAGUGGCUGUAAGUAUUAACAUUGAACUGUUAUAUUAUGUUAUUGAAAUUAUUAGUCUUAAGUUAUAUGUAUCUCAUCUCGAGGGUUGUCAGAUAAAUGUUGAACCUGUCAUGGAAAUGAGGAAUUUCAAUGAAAUGAGACUUCCACAUUUUUCGUAUGGAGGCUCUGGUGCUACUCCUGAUAUUAGGGACAAACAAACAGAGUCCUUGUUAUGUAUAUUAGUGCACAGCAAUAUGGUUCAUGCAAUUAUUGGCAACCAUGGUUCUACAAUCAAGGAAAUUACACAACAGACAAAUGCCUGGGUCCACGUUCAACCUAAAUACAACUCUGGCUCUAUGGAACAAGUUGUAAUAGUUAAAGGUAAUCCAGAAAAUUGCACUAAUGCAUGCCUCAAUAUUCUGGAAGCCUUGCAACAGAAGGCGACCAAUUCUCGCAGUAGUUCAAGCAAUGUGGUACUAAAGAUCUUAAUCCCUGAUACCAUUAUUGGUAUAAUUAUUGAAGAGGAGGGUAAUAUGGUUAGAAAAAUUAUGUCUGACACUGAAACAAAAAUUAAUGUAUCUAGCAUUACUGGCAUCACAAUUGACAGUGUCAACUAUAAAACAAUAUGUACGAUUGAAGGCUCAGUAGAAAAUACGUGUAAAGCAGAAAGUCAAAUUAGUGCUAAGCUCAGGCAAAGUAUUGAACAUUUUCUACAAUCUGUGGAUGGUUUCCAGAUAAAAGUUGAACCAGCCUUGGAAAUGAGGAAUUUAUGUGAAAUUGGACAUACACAUGUUUCGCAUGUUGGUCAAAAGGAGUUUACGUUACGUAUACUUGUGCCGAGCGAUAUGAUUCCUAUAAUUAUUGGUAAACAUGGUUCUACAAUCAAAGAAAUUACACAACAGACGAGUGCUAAGGUUCAUGUUGAUCAAAAAUACAGUGUUGUCUCUACAGAGAAAGCUAUAACAAUCAAAGGUAUUCCAGAAAAUUGCACUGAUGCAUGCCGCAAAAUUUUGGAUGUCAUGGGAAGAAAAAGUUAUGACGUGGUACUGAAGAUUUUAGUUCAUAAUAAUCAAAUUGGUGUAAUAAUUGGAAAGGAGGGCAAUAUCAUCAAAAAAAUUAUGUCAGAGACUGAUACAAACAUUACUGUACCUAGCAUAACUGACAUCACAAUCGACAGCUUUAAUGAUGAAAGAAUAUUUACUGUCCAAGGUUGUGUAGAUAAUAUUUCUAAAGCAGAGGCUCGAAUUAGCUCAAAGCUCAGGCAGUGUCUUAAAAACAUAUCUCACUACAAACUAACCAGAUUAGUAGAACCUGAAAUGGCAGAUAAGAAGUAUAAAUUGAUCAUAGUGGGCCACUCAAAUGUUGGGAAAAGUUCCAUAGUCAAACGAUACUGUAAAGAUAUUUAUCAAUUUACUAAACCCACUAUAGGUGUGGACAUUCAACAAAUAUUUGUCAGAUUUAAUAAUGAAACCAUCCACUUGGAAAUUUGGGACACAGCUGGGACAGAAGAUUAUCAGUGUUUAGCAAGUUCCUAUAAAGGAGCCCAUGGUGUAUUUGUUGUCUAUGAUAUUACAGAUUCCUCAUGUAAACUAGAAGGACGGAUCGAAGAUAUUAAAACUUUAUCUGAUCCAAAUUCAGUGAUAAUUUUGAUCGGUAGUAAAUGCGAUGAUAGGACAAACAGAAAGAUAUCUAUCAAAGAAGCACACAGAAUAGCAGAAAUGUAUAGAAUUCCGUUUCUUGAAGUGUCUUCCAAAACCAAUGUAAACAUAGACUGUUUAUUCUAUACAAUGAUUUCAAAAAUAUAUGACCUCCAGAAUCAGCUUACAGACAUUAACAAAGAGUUAGUGCAUAUAAAUGACAAAAUGAAAUCAAAGUUAAAUUCUGAUGUAAAACCAAAUACAAUACCAGUGCGGUGUCAAAUAAUGGAUAAGGAAUUACCCGAUACCCCAAACAUACUAUCAGAAUACAAUGACAAAGAGCACUACAAAUUGAUAAGAGUGCAACCUGAUCAAAAUACAAUAUUUAAGAAAUAUAAACUGAUAAUUGUUGGUCACUCAAAUGUUGGAAAAAGUAGUAUAAUUCAUCGUCUCGUCAAAGAUGUUUAUGAAGAUACUUUAAAAACCACUAUAGGUAUCAACUUCCAUGAAAUAUUUGUUAGAUUUGAGAACGAAACCAUCCAAUUAAAUAUUUGGGACACUGCCGGGACAGAAACAUAUCGCUCUUUAGCUCAAUCAUACUAUAGAGGAGCCCAUGGUAUAUUUAUUGUGUAUGAUAUUACAAAUGCAAAAUAUUUAGUUGAACUAAACAAUUGGAAAAAGGAUGUUGAAGAUUUUUCUGAUUUAAAUGCUGUGAAAAUUUUGAUUGGUAGUAAAUGUGAUGAUACGUCAAAUAGAAAAGUCUCAAUCAAAGAAGGACAGGAAUUGGCAAAAGAGUAUGGAAUUUCAUUCUUUGAAGUGUCUUCCAAAACCAAUAUAAAUAUAGACAAAUUGUUGUAUACAAUGAUUUCAAGAAUACAUGAUAAACAAAAAGAGUUAUUGCAUACAAAUGACACAAUGAAACCAAAGUUAGAUUCUGAUGUAAAACCAAAGACAAUACCAGUGCAGUGUCCUAAAAUGGAAAAGAAAAUACCUGAUGUCCCAAACAUGGAGUUCGAUGAUAGUCAGCACUACAAUUUGGAAAGAGUAAAAUCUGAAACGACAAGUAAGAAGUUUAAACUGAUCAUAGUGGGUUCCUCAAAUGUUGGAAAAAGUGCUAUGAUAAAUCGUUUCUGCAAAGGUGUAUAUGAUGAUACUGUUCCAACCCCAGGUAUGGACUUUAAAAAAAUAUAUAUUAGAUUUGAGAACGAAAUCAUCGAAUUAAAUAUUUGGGAUACAGGUGGGACAGAAAAGUAUCGCUCUUUAGCUCCUUCAUACUAUAGAGGAGCCCAUGGUAUAUUUAUUGUGUAUGAUAUUACAGAUGCAAAAUCUUUAGUUAAAGUAAAUGAUUGGAAAAAGGAUGUCGAAGAUUUUUCUGAUUUCAAUGCUGUGAAAAUUUUGAUUGGUAGUAAAUGUGAUGAUACGUCAAAUAGAAAAAUCUCAAUCAAAGAAGGACAGGAAUUGGCAAAAAAGUGUGGAAUUUCAUUCUUUGAAGUGUCUUCCAAAACCAAUAUAAAUUUAAACAAAUUGUUGUAUACAAUGAUUUCAAGAAUAUAUGAACACCAAUAUAUUGUACACCAAACCCCGUCAAUAUUAUUACGCAUCCCUCAGCCAAAUUGGAACACGAUAAUAUUGGGGGAUCCCAGUUCAACCAAGAAACCAGUACAACAACAUCCUGGAGGUUGUAGUUGUUAAUCUGAGAUACACAGAAUAGUUUUAAUAAUUUUAAAAUAUCUUGUACAGUUAUAAAAAUAUAAAAUCUUUACAAAUAUGA